AACCGAGAGCGUCGCGUCACGUGAUGGCAACUGCGACAACGCGGUGGCGGCUCGGUCGGGAGUGGGCAGCUCGCCCGCAGCCUUUCUGGCAAUAACAACGCCAGUGGGGUCUGCGCGAAAGGAGACAGUGCUUGUAACAUGGUACCGUAGUCACCACACCGUACUCAGAGUCAUUCUCACCGCCUCAAUCAAGUCCGGCUCGGCGCUUCUUGCAGCGCACAGCCACAUCAAAGUAGAAACAUGUGGAAGUGGUAUUCUACAGACGAACCGCCCCCUGCAUCAGCAGGAGCAGUAAACUCCCCUAAGAAUGCAGGUGAUCAUUCUGUGGCAGAUUUGACGGAGCAGCUGGCCCAGAAUGAACAACUGGUGUUGCAGCUUAAGGACCUAAUUCGGGAGAAGGAUAACCAGCUUCAUGUGAAAGAUCAACAGCUUAAGGAGGACAAAGAAGCUUUUGAAGCAAAGAUUUCCAAGAUGAAGUUGCAGACUAAGGCAAAGACUACAUCACUUUCUGCUCAGCUGGAAGAUCUGAAGAAACAGCUUGCUGCUUCAGGUUCAAAUGAGCAGACCACUGGGAAACACAAGCAAUCCACUGAUGGUGAACAGGAACAUGCAGCUGCGAAUCGAGGUAAAAUCUUGAUGUUGAGGAAAAAGAUUGAGGAGUUGGAGUCACAGGUUGCCAAAAAAGAUUCCGAGUUAAAGAACAAGCUUGCAGAGCUGGAAGCCCAAUUGAAACAUGGUGCUGAAAUGGAUGUGAUGCUUGCUGAGAAGGAUAUGAAACUGGCUGAGAAAGAAGCAUACAUUAUUGAGCUGCAGCUAGCUACUGCUUCCGGUCAUGCAUCUCAACAAAUAAUUCAGCCUGGUGAAGAAAAUAAGGUGCAACAGGAUGAAAUGCAAGAAACAUCUAUCAGUGACCUGCAGUCAAUGGUUCAUAGUCUGACCAGAAAGGUAGAAGAGAGUGAAGAAAAGUUCAGCCUUCUCCAGGAACAAGCAACCGUUCUGAAAGACCAGCUGAACAAAGAGAGAAUUCAGUAUGAAGAGAAAGAAGCAAUGUACAUGAAAAAUAUAUGUGUGUUUCAGGAAAUGAUUCAAGCAAAGGAGAAUCAGCUCAUUGAACAGAUACAGAAACAUGAACAGGAGCUCUUUCUUGUGGCUGCUAAAUCAGAUGCCAGUGCUGAUCUUGACCAGUUGUUGAAAGCUCUCAAGCAAAAGCUGCAUGAAAAGGAAGAAGUAUUGUUGGGAAGGACUCAAGUUGUAGAUGUUCUGCAGAAAGAGCUCGAUGUGAGGGACCAGCAAAUAAAGGAGAUGAUUGAAAAGAUGAAGCUGCUUCAGUUAGAAAAGGACAACCUUGAGGCAAAGCUUAACGCUGAAAAGCAUGUUAUGAGAGCCCAGGUCAGAGAUCUGAUGGAGCGACAUGAGGCAGAGUUGAAAAAUAUGGAAGAGAAACACAACGCUGAGUUGCAUGAUAUUGGGGUGAAACAUGAAGAAGAAAUAUCUCAGAAGGAGCAAUAUAAUUUACGGCUACAGAAACAGUUAAGGGAUUCACAGCUUUGUGAUGAGGUUCCUGUGACACUUGAGGCAACUGGUACAACGGACAGUGCCAUUAAACGAAAGAUUGAAGAAUUGGAAGAACAAGUGAAGCUUAAAACAGAAGAGGCUGCUAAGUCUGAGGCCAAAUUCUUGAAAAUGAAAGCUUGGUCCAAGUCAAAAAUCAAGCAGGUUGAAGAGGAUCUGAAAAAUGCACAGACUGGAGUUUCUUAUCAAGAGUAUUUGGCCCUCAAAAACAGAGUGGUUGAAUUGGAAGAAGAGAAAGGAGAACUACAACAGGAAGUGAAUUGUCUACAAGAUUUUAAGGCACAAAAUGAGGAGCUUCUAGCAAAAUUGGAAUUGUAUGAGGAGCAACAACAGAAAAUGCAAGCAGAUCUAGAACAAGUUGCCAAACGAGCAACUUCCCAGACAAGUGAAUCUGGAAGUGCAGAGGAACUGCAGAGCCGCCUAAUUGAAUGGCAAGAAAUGGUUUCUGAGUCGGCGCGGAGCCAUGCCAAAGACGAGAGGACUGUCAUGGAAUUAAGGAUGACGCAAAUUGAGGAAGAAAGAGAAGCUUUGGUCUCAGGACAGCAGGAGCUGGAGGAGGAACUGGGGGAUCUUCGAAGACUAGGACAGAGUCAAGGAAGGAGGAAACGGACCACAGAUGCCCAGAAGCUCGAGGAUGAUUAUGAAUAUGAAGAGAAGCAACACUUCGAAGAGUCCAACAUGAAUAUGGAUCAGAAUGAUGCAAAUGAAGGGGAGAAUUUGGGAGGACUGAGGGCAGUUGUUGAAGAGUUGGAAAUGGAGCGGAACAGGCUGCAAGAGCAAAUCUUAGUCUUAGAGGAGCGCUGUCAAGACUUGGAGGACAGAGCACAGCUCCGUUCCAGAGUAGAAUUCCAUCAGGUGGCCUUUGGUGUCAAUGAAGAAGGGCAACUACUGAGGGCUCGCCAGAAUGAAGCUGAACGGUUGCAGAAUCAGCUGUCCCAUUUGCGAAGCCAGCAAAGCCGUGAUUUUGAACAACACCAACAAAUUGUUUCAAGUCUGAAUGAACGGUUAAAAGGAGUCAGCGACAGAAAAGACUAUUUGGAAGCUUCACUUGCAGAAAAGGAACGUGUAUUGGCAGAAACUUUAGUAAAGUUGACGCAACUGGAUAAAUAUAAGGAAUCCUUGAAAGCCCAAGAAAUAACCAGCCAAGACCUUACUGAAAAGCUAUUACAUGCUGAAGAAGAUCUGGGUUGUGUAACCAAGAAAUGCAGUGCUUUUGAACUGGAGUGUGCUGAAUUGAAAAAUACAGUCCUGGACCUCACGGAAAAAUUAUCCUCAAGCAAAGAAAAGGUACAGAAACAGGAAGCUGAGGUAGAAGCUCUACGUCAGGAUCUGGAGCAGACGAACGAUGAGCUGGAACGACUUAAUUCAAGUCACUUGGAGGAGAGAUCCCGUCUUAUUGCUGACCUACAAAGAUGUGAAAGAGAGAUUGACAUUCUUAAGGAAGUCAUUGUGGAGAAGGAGCAGGAAAAGACUGCUCUUUCUAAGAGAAUGAUGGAAUAUUCAGAGGAGAAUAAUACAUUAAAGGAGGAAAAUAGAUAUAAAGAGCAGGAGAAUGGAGAACUGCAAGCAGCCUUAGUUAGGGUUGAAAGGGAAAUAAUGUUGUUGAAGGAGACUCGGUCUGCUGAUGAGCAGACCAUGAGUAACCACCUUUCAUCAUUAAUUGAUCAGCUUUCUAGUAUGGAGUCUGAAUUGCAUAAAGCAAAAAGUGAAAUUGAGGCCAAGGAGAAGGAGAUUGUGGUUUUAAUGAAGCAGAUUGGAGAAAACGAUGAUACAAUUCAUGAUUUGCGCUCAGAGUUACAGAAACAGGACAUGUUAAAUCAAACUCAUGUUGCUGAAUGUGGACCUCGGAUAUUGACACUGGAAAACAAGGUUGCUGUGGCCACCAAGGAACUUCAGGAAUCGACUGCUGCAAACCAGAAAGAAAUUGAAAAACUGAAGGCUCGGUUGGCUGAAAGUAGUUCAGCAAAAGAAAAACUUGACAGUUCCCUCCAAGAGAAAGAGGAAAAAGAACAAUGCUUAGAGAAUGAAUUGAAAGCUUUGAAAAACCAGUGUAAUAACCUAAUAGCUGAGAAUAUUGGAAAAUCAGAGGAGCUUGGCAAACUAUCCAAACAACUUGCUGAAUACAAAGAAGAAACUGAAGGGAAAUUGCAGGAAAGGCUGGCUGUCAUUGCCGCUUUAGAGCAAAAGCUUCAGGGGGUUGAUGAAGCAAAUUCUCAAUUAAUGCUUGAAGUACAGACUAAAGAAAGUGAAAGGGAAGACUUAAAGAGGCAGGUGGACGAGAUGAGCAAAUUGGUUACUGACUUGCAAAACCAAACAAAAGCACUUGAUGUGGCAAAUGUACAAUUGCAGGCAACAGUGGACGAUCAAGUUCGGAACCUCACAGAGCAAGCAAACCUCGUAAGAGAGUUAGAAGAUAAUGCUGUUAGUACUUUAAAGAUCAACUCUAGUUUGGAGUGUAGUAUAAAAGACAUGUCUGUUGAAAAUGAAAACCUCAAGACCCUCCUAAAUGAAAAGGAAGAUGAACUAUUGAAGCAAAAUGAUGUUGUGCAGCAGUUAGAGAAUAAAAUAGCAUCUGAAGCAGAGCUGGUUUCGCAAUACUCAAGCACAAUCUCGCUGUUGCAAGAAGAAAAAGAAGCAUUAACUGCAAAGUUAGAGCUUUUAAAAUCUUUGGAGGAAAAUAAAUCCAUGGUGGAGAAGCAGUUGUAUGAAAAGAUAAAUGAAUGUAACAUUCUGAAAGAUAAAAUUACAGAGCAUCAACAAACCACAGAACAGCUUCAAGGGCAAAUGCAGUCUGCAACAGUGCAGCUAGAACAACUGCAGCUUUCAAACCGUGAAAAGGAGGUAGCACUGAGCAAUAAAAAUGCUGAAUGUAUUUCGCUCCAAAACCAAUGGCGCAAGGGACAAGAGGAAGCAAUGGAGUUACAAAAUCAAGUUCAAGUACUCAGUACUGAGCUUGGGAACAAGGAUGUGGCUUUGAAUGAAAAGUUGGUUGAAUUGGAUGGCUUGCAUGAGGUUUUAAGUCAGCACCAGCUUACUACUAAAAGCUUAGAAAGUCAAUUGCGAGAAUUGACAGAAGGUGGUGAAAGUCUCAGGCAACGGUUAAGUGAUAACGAGUCACUCCUAAAUAUUAAGUCUGAUGAAAGCGAUCAACUGCAGAGACAGCUUGACCAGAAAACUGCUGAGGUUGUGUUGCUACAGAAGCAAAUGGAUGCACUGAAUAUUGACAGUGAACGUCUUCAGAAUGAGAAUAAAGAACUUCAAACAUCUUUAAGUCAGCGGACUGCUGAACAUAUUCAGCUGCAGAGAAAGGUGAAUGAUCAUGAACUAACAACAAACCUUGUACAGGAUCAGGCACAGGCACUCAGCACUGAGAAUUGUAGGCUUAAAGUGGAACUUGAAGAGAUGAAGUCUACAGUCCAGACUAAAGUCGGUGAGGCUGCAAACCUUCAGGAUCUGUUGUCACAAAAAGAGGAGAUGAUCACCUCAUUGAACAAAGAAGUCAGUGAGUUAAGUACUGCCACUGCAAAGCUUGCCUUGGAACUUGAAGAGAAGCAGACAUCAUUGAACCAGCAAGGAAUAUUAUUGCAGCAGGUCCAAGCCAAAACUUUGCAAAGUGAAGAGCAGUUGGGCCAAUAUUUGCAGUUAAUUUCAGGUUUGCAACAUCAGGAGCAAAUUCUGGUGACUGAAGCCAAUCAGCUCAAGCUGUCUCUGCAAGAGAAAGAAAAAGCCCUGCAACAGCAGAGAGAUGAGCUUGGACAGCUCCAGAAAAUAGCUGCUGAACACCAUGCACUGGAAAUGCAAUCUUUGGAAAAUAUGGAAACCAUUUCUACACUGCAAAACCAAAUCCAGGACCUGACCUUUAAAUCUCAUGAACUGGAGUGCAACAUUGAGCAAAGAGACUUGCUGCUGGCCAGUAAAGUUGAAGAUUGUGUCAAGCUCAAGACAGUGCAUUCCGAAAUGGAUGAUACUGUUUGUCAACUUCGAGAACAACUGGCUGCUGCCACAUCUGAAGCAGAUGUACUGAAAAGUGUCAUUAAGGAAAGGGAGUUGUCUCUUUCGCAGUUCAGGGAAAGUGUUACAGCCAGCAAAGAAGAAUUGAUGUCAAAGAUGGAAGCAAAAGAAGCUCAAAAUGAAUCACUCCAUCAAAAGUACAUUCAUCUUGAGCAUUCAUUCUCACAAUUAAAUAAUCAGGUAAAUAACCAGAAUUCUGAACUGAAUCAACUGAGACAAACUAUUGCACAAAAGGAAGCAUCCAUUUUGGAACAGAGCAAACUUAUCAAGAGACUGGAAGACAAAGUGAGUGAGAGGGAUUUGUUGAAAUCUCAAUUCAAUGAAAGCACAGAGCUAGUUUCUGAACUCCAGAGGCAGGUACAGCAUGCACUUGCUGAUUCAAAGAAACAGGAGCAGUUACUGCAGGAGAAGGAAACUGCUUUUAGCCACCUGCAGGAGAGGUUCGCUGUGCAAUCAGAGCAGUUCAAGGACAUUAGUAGGGAGCUCAGCAGGAAGAAUGAGGAAAUAGCAGGAUUUCAAACAAUUCUUAGUGAAAAGGAUGUCAUCAUUCAAACCUCAGAGUGUAACACCAAUACCUUGGUGGCUGAAAUUGAGUCAAUAAAAGAGGAACUUCAAAAGAGUCAUGCAUCAUUAAACGAUUAUGGGAGUAUCUUGAAGCACAAAGAGGAAAUGAUUACUGUCAAUCAAAAGAAUGUGGACAGCCAGAUUGCAGCUCUAAAUGCACAAAUCCUCCAAUAUAAGGAAGUCAUACAACAACUUGAGGUGGCUAACCAGGAUCUGAAGCAAAAUGAUAUUAUCGUUCAGAAUAAGUAUUUGGAGCAGACAGAGCACAUUGAGAGCCUUGAGUCACAACUGAAAACUUUGAAUGAAAAGUCAACACAAGAGCAUCAAGAAAAAGUGAUAAAAAUUGAAAAUCUUCGCCAGCAGUGUGAUCAACUCAGGAAAGAAAAUUCAGCGUUGGAUCAAGAUUUGAAGACGGUGAAAGCAGAGAAGGAAGAAAUGGAUGCCUCCAUCCAGAAGCAGUUACAACAAAAAUCAGAAGAACUGCAGGUGCUCGAAGAGAAGCUUGUAAGAAUGCAUGAGAUUAGAGAGGAGCUCGAUGUUUCGCUGCAUCUGAAGGAUGACAAUGAAUGUCUUCAGAAACAGGUCAGUCUUAAAUCAGAGGAAAUUUUAAAACUGCAAUUUGAAGUUCAAAAAUUAGAGCAAAGUCUGAUGGAAUCAGAUAGAAAGUGCUUGGCGGAAUUGAAUAAAGAAACUGAGCAAAAUAGUCUGCUGACUGAAAAAUUAAGCUUUUUGGGAUAUCAAAUAGAGGCAAAAGACGCAAAAAUUGACAGCUUGCAAAAGGCUUUAGAUAAUUUGCAAGACGAGUUUUCUGAACAGUAUUUGCAAUUACAAACCAGUGAACAUCAGUUAACAGAACUGGCAUCCAACUUCACUCAGGAACUUGCUGAAAAACAAUCCAGGCUGGAUGAAUUAUCAGCUUUAGUUUUUAGUCAUGAAAAUGCCAUAAGUGAUUUAAAGCUUACUUUAUCUGGAAAGGAAAAAGAAAUAGAGAAUUUGAAAAGUAGUAUUACUGCAAAUGAGAAUACUAUUUUGGAAAGUGCAAAAAGCAUGGCUGAUAAAUUAAUGUCUUUUGAAGAAGAGAAGCUUUUACUUCAUAAUGAGCUCAGCCAGACAAAAUUAAGUCAUCAAUUGGAGCUGGAAAGUUUACAAAGACAAAUAGUUGAUCUCCAGGAUAAACUGCAGAAAUCACAAGGUGAGCUCAGAGAAAGGCAGAAUAGUUUAGAUGAUAGUUUCCAACAAAGUCGUUCAACACAGGAACGACUCUGUGCUCUGGAGCAAGAACUGAAAAAGAAAUCUCAGCAUCUGGAGGAUUCCCUGAAGGAAGGGAGCAAGCUUUUUGAUACUCUGCAAAAGAAAGAACACGAGAUACAAACUCUGACUAUGCAAAUAACACAACAGCAAGAACUGUUGGCUGCUCUUAGUCAACAGCUGAGGGAGAAGGAUGCUUCUACAAUUCAGCUUUCAGAAUCCAUUUCAAAGGAAGUGGUUAAAGCAGCAGACAGAGAGAAACAACUGACUGAUGAAAUGCAGGAGCUUAAGUUGCAAAAUUGUGUCUCUGCUGAGAAGAUUGCUAGCUUUACAUGUGAACUUGAGGAGUUAAAUAAACAAUUGGAAAAGCAAGACAUUCUUCUAAAAGCAAAGGAAGACCAGUAUCAAGGCAUUGUGACUGAAAAUGAACAGCUUUUUUCAAAGACACAAGCACUAACAAAAGAGAGGGACCUACUCAAGAAGAAAUUUCAGGCUGCACUGUUAACCAGAAGGGAUCUGAUGAAGAAAGUUAAUGAAUUACAGCAAAGUGCUACAGCGGAUGUAGACAGAAGCAAGCAAAUGGAAGAAUUGCAGAGUAAAUGUAGAAUGCUUGAAAGCCAAGUGACAUGUAGUCAGAAGGAGUUUAAGGAGCUUGAAAUGCACCUUGAAGUUCUCAAACAACAGCUGCUAGAGAAGGAUGGUGAUAUAAAUAUUCUUAGUGAGACACUUUCCACAAAAGAAACAUUCAUAGAACAAUUACAGAAAAAUGUAAGUCAGUCUGAAGCAGAGAAAGAUGCCCUGUCUGUGGAAUUGUUCAAAAUUAUUCAAGAGAAAGAUUCUUCGAUUGCACAACUCAAAUCUGUUUUAACAGAAAAGGAGAAGGCAUUUGAUGGCGAGCGUUAUCAAUUUAAUUCAAACAUUAAAGCUCUAAAAACAGCAUUAUCUAAAAUAUCAGAAUGUUCAGAUGCAGAAUUACCUAACACUAGUGAAGCUCUUAGCAAUGGUAGUAGUGGUGUUUCUGAAGUUGUGAAUAAGCUAAAUGCACUCAAACAAGAAAAGGAACAUCUACAAAAGAAGCUGCAAGCAGCACUUUUGGCUCGGAAGGAAACUAUCAGAAAGGCUCAAGAGAAGGAUAGGCAUCACAAAGAGCAGCUCUCACAACAAAAGGAGGAGUACAACCACAUUUCAGAAAAAUAUUCCACACAGAGCAAAGAGUUAGAGGAUAUUAAAGAGGAACUGGCUGCAGCCCAAGAUGCACAUCAAACAAAGCUUACCGAGCUUGAAUAUAAAAGAGAAUUAAUAGUGUCUUUGGAAAAGCAGCUACAUUCAGUCAAUAGUUUGCUUAAUGAUAAAGAACUGAUGGUGAAGCAGCUUAAAGAUCAACUUGAUGAAGAGGAGAGCAAGAUGCUUACACUUGUAAAUCAGAAUGAAGAAGUUCAGGCCCUUGAGAAUAAAUUAGCUAAUGUGGUUUCCACACUGUCUUUAAAAGAGGAUGGUAUGAAAAGCCUUGAAGAUGCUAACAACCAGCUGCAGCAAGAAAAAGAAGAGUUAAUGUCAGAUUUGGAACACCUACAGGUGAGAAUUGUGGAAAAGUCAGAAGAGGCAGAAACGCUGAAGCAGUCCAUCAUCAGUCUGGAGCAACAGCAGCAAGAGGAAAAGGAGAGUCAAGCAGCAGAGAUUCACCGGCUUCACAAUCACUGUCAGUCUACCCAAGCGGAAGGCAAGGCCCUCAGAAUUGCCCUGGAGGAAGCAAUGAAAGACAAAGAGAAUUACUGUCGCUCUUUAGCAAAUGAAGUCGAAGAUGUGAAUUGUCUCAAAUCACGGCUGCUGGAUUUAAACAAUGAAAAAGAAGGUAUCCAGGCACAGCUGGCUGCCUUUCAGGUGGAGAACGCAGAGCUCAAAGCAACAUUGAAACAGUCUAGGCAGUCUGAAGAGGCAGAGGAGGACAGGGUAUGCACAACUCAGUUACUAGCUGUGCAGUCUGAGCUUGUGAAAGUGCACGAGAACUUACAAGAGCGAGAGAACACCAUAAAGGUAUUAGAAGGUACAUUGUCUGAAAAGGAAAAGCUUGUUGAUGAGCUACAGUUGCAAGUACAGAAACAAUCUAUAUUUUAUGAAGCACAAAGUGAACGUGCAAAGUCUUGCAGCAAUGAAGUUCACCAGAGGUCCGCAGAUAGUUCUGAGGAAGGCAAGUCAAAAGAGCUGAUGCAGAGAAAGCUGCAAGCAGCACUAAUAUCUCGGAAAGAAGCUCUGAAAGAAAACAAAACUCUAAAGCACGAAAUCAAUGUUUUAACAUCUGAAAAGGAAGAAAUUCUUUCUAAGAUUCCUACCCUUGAAAGAAACUUGGCUGAAAUGAAGAGACAACUUGAGCCCUUACAGCAGGCAGCAUUAACACACCAGGAAGAGAAGAGGCGACUUAUUUCUGAAGUAGAUAUUGCAUUCGCAGAGAAACGGGAUCUAAGUGCUGUCUGUGAAAGUCUGAAGCACACUCUGGAAAUUCUAACUCAAGAGAAGCAACAAUAUUCUGUCCAGCUGGAUUCAUUGAGAAGUUCCCAGACAGCAGAAUUAUCAGAGUGGAAGACAAAGCACGAUGAAUUAAAGUGUGAAUAUGAAUCCCUUUUGCAGUCCUAUGAAAACAUUAGCAAUGAAAUGGAUAAGAUGAGGCAGGUAGUUGAGACAACAAGAAAAGAGAAACAGGAGGUGUUUUUCAAGCUUCGUGAUGCUGAAGCGGAGCGGCAAAGCAUCAAGAGGCAGCUUGAGGAGGCUUGUGAUGAAAAUGAGAAAAUAAAGGAAAAGAUGAGGAAGUUAGCAAAAUCUAAACAGCAAAGAGUUCAGGAGCUCGAGGAAGAGAUCGAAAGAAUCAAUAAUGAGUUACAAACUAUUGCUGCUGCAAAGCAGAGUCACACAAGCAAAUUGUCCACACAAUACAGUCAGCUCCAGGAAGAAUACACAUUACAGAAGCAGUCUUAUGACGAUCUUAAAGCAGAGUUUCAGAAAACCCAGAAAGAGAGAGAACACCUUUUGAAUGAAUUUAAUUCAUCUAUGUCUAUCAUAGAGCAUUGGCAGAGUGAGAGUGCAUUUUAUCAGUCUGGGUUACCAUCACAAGUUGACCACAAGUCUCAGGUAAAUGAGUCACAGUCUUCGGAAGUGCAAUCCCUGGAGAACACACUUACAGUUGAGAAAGGAGAGGUUUACAACAUCGGGAAAGUAAGACAGUCACUGCCUGAGAAGCUUCAACAGUUAGAGUUUUGUCUCAGAGUGGAGACUCAUGAAAAAGGUGAAAUAAUUAUACAGCUUGAGCAGGAAAUAAAAGCUUGCCAGCAAGAGACUAUAAACUUGAAUGAAAAAGUCAAAAUUUUAGAGGAUGACAAAUCUCUCCUCCAGGAAGAACUUGAAAAUGUCCAGGAAAUGUCAGACAAAGUCAAGAAUGAGAGAGAGUACCUGGAGGCAGAAUUACUAAAAAAUGUGGACAAGAUUGAUCAAUUAACUGAAGCACUAAAGACACUUCAUAUGCAGAAUAAUUCACUUGUCAAUGAAUUAGCUUGCUUCAGAGAAGAGAAACGUCAUUUGAUCAAAGAAAGAGAGGCCCAGGAAGUAAAAUUAGUGAAAGAGUUUGAGGAGCAGCUCCGGUCUGCUCGGAGGGGUAAGACCACAUCCAAGGGUGAAACUAAGGAAUUGCAAGAAUUGUUAAAGGAGAAGCAACAAGAAAUAAUUCAGUUGCAGAAAGACUGCAUCAAGUAUCAAGAGCUCAUUUUGGACCUGGAGCGAGGAGUCAAAAUGUCAGAAUCGUCCUGUGAAGAAAUGGGCAGGAAACUAGAAUCUAUGACUGCAAAAGCUUCUGAAUCAGAAAGACAGGUCAAGCUUCUUCAAGAAGAACUUAAAUCUUACAAAGUCAUGCUCUGUGACUCUAGAACUGAAGCUGAAAAUGCUCGUAUGCAAUGUUUAGGAUUAACGGAAGAUCUUCGGAAGACUGAGGAGAAGACAAAAGCUCAAAUUACUGAAAAAGAGAAGGAACUUCUUGAGAUUUUGGAUCAACAGAAAAAAAUUCAUCACAAUGAAAUGUUGAGUUACCAGGACAAACUGGAUAUGUUGGAGAGGGACAAAGAUAGAGUGGUUGCAGAAAUUUUGGAACUGCAAGCUGAAAUAAAUGGACGGGAUCUCACGAUAAAAAAGCUGCGGGAUGAGUUGAAUAACAACCUGGCUAAACUGGCAGCAUUUACCAAGUCUAUGUCCUCUCUUCAAGAUGACAGAGACAGGAUUAUUGAAGAGACCAGAAAAUGGGAAGCUAGAUUCCAGGAUACUAUCCAAAGUAUGGAAAAUCAAGUGCAAAUGAAAGAAGAAAUGUUACAAAAGCUUCAUGAGGAGAUAAAGGUGAAAUCAUUCAACCUUCAAGAACUCCAAUUCAGAACUUCAAAGCUGGAGCAGACAAUAAAUGAUCUUAAUGUGGGUAGUAAGGAUGCUCAUGUCAGGCAUCAAAGUGAAGUAAUUAACUUGAAAGACAUUAUUCGCCAACAUUUAGAAAAAAUUGGAGAGCUGGAAGGGUCAUUAAAAGACAAAGAGGCAGUCUUAUCCAAAUUGUCACAGGAAAAUAAUUACUUAAGCACACAGCUAUCUGACAUGAGUCAGUCUGUGACUGAGUUGAAAGAGACAGAGCAAAUUCUGAUAAAAGACCUUGCAGAAAAACAGUCUGAGAGUCAUCAACUUGAGGCUGAUAACGAAAAGUUGUGGGGUGAUCUUCAGAAGCAGAAUGCUAUUUCCCAGCAGUUGAAGUUAAUGUUGAGCAGUAAAGAUGCGGAGAUCUCAAAGCUUGUUUCAUCGAAAGACAGUGAAAUUUCCGAGUAUGUGGUGGAAAUCCAGCAGCAACACAGAAGGCAAGUAGAUGAUUAUGAAAAGAAGUUGAAGAUUCUGCAUCAGGAUCACCAGAAAGGAGUCAAUGACUUGAAAGAGUUGGAAGUCCAACUUGGAAAGAUUAGAGAAGAAAAGGACAAAGCUGUUAGCAAACUGGAUGCCUUCACAAAGUCGAUGGCUUCCCUGCAAGAUGACCGAGAUCGUAUCUUAUCAGAAUACACGCAACUAGAACAGCGACAUCUCAACAUGCUUGGGCAGAAAGAUGGCAUUAUUCAGGAGAGUGCAACUGAAAACAAUGAACUGAAGCAAGAAAUUAGAAACUUGCUGAAUGAGAUGGAUGACCUUAAUUCUGAAAAUGCAAUGCUUAAAGCACAGUUGGUUAAGCACAGGGAGGAGCUUAAUCAGGUCCUAUCUUUGAAGGAUAAUCAGUUGAAAGAGCUGUUACAAAAACAAUUACAACAGAUUCAACAUCUUGAGCAUGAAAAAUCCAACUUAGAAGAACAGUGGAAAGUUGCACAAAGUUCCCUGGAAAAAAGUAAUGAAAGCCUCAAGACUGUACAAGAAGAGAAUGCCCAAAUUCUGGAACAAUUGAAGGCUGUUAGUUUAGAAAGAGAAGAGGAUAAAUCUGAAGUAAAUGAGAGAGAGUUAAUUCUUUUGCUCCAACAAAAAGCUCAAGCUAAAACUCGGGAAUGUGAAGAGCUCAAAAAAGAAGCAAGUAUUGGAGGAGCCAGCUUAAAAGAGCUGGAAAACAAAAGUUCUGAAGUUGAAAGACUGGUUAAAUUAAAGGCAGACGUUAAAAUGUCGGUAAAUAAUGAUGGAAAGGUGCAGGAGCAAACUGAAGAAAAAUUGGCAGGAUUGUCAUAUUCAGUGAUUGAACAAAGACUUUUGGAUGCCAUGAAUGAGAACAAGGAGCUAGCUUCUCGAACAGAAUCUUUUGAGAAAAUGUUGAUGGCUCUACAGAGCGAGAGAGAUAGACUUCUGGAGGAUAUUGAGCAACUCAAAAUCAGGCAGACAGAUGACCAAGACCAGAAGUUAAGAAACAAUAAUGAUUCUUCUGAGAUAAUGUGGUUCAAAACCAAAGUAGAGGAACUGGAGAAGGUUCUUCAGCAAGCAAAGUUGCAAGAACGCACAGAGCAAGAUCUUUCUUCCUGCCAGAAUGAAUUGGCUGAACUAAGGUCAGAGAAGAAUUUACUGCUCUCAGAGUCUCAGGCCAUUAAAGAGCAGUAUCUUGCAACAGUGGCAGACAGAGACAGACAGAUUGCAGAACUGAGGAAACUGAAUCAAGAAAUGUGGACUGGUGAAUUGGGAAACAUUAGUGGUAUGCACCAGAUGAAGCCAUUAGAAACCGUAUCUUUACUGGGUAUUGAAAACGUUGCUGAACAAGUCAAGGCUCUGGUGGCAGAAAAUAAACAACUUCAGACUGAAGCUCAGGGUUACCUACAGGAAAUUCAUCAGAAAGAACUACAGUUUCAACAGCUGAGCAGCAAGGUUGUGCAAUGCAUUGAAGAUAGAUCGGCAUUAACAAGCCAGCUGAAAACAGUGUCUCAGACUCUGCGUGACACGCAGGUGCGUUAUGGGGAUCUACAAAAUCGCUACUACAGCCUGGAAAGACAAUACCAAGCACUGCGCUCAUCUUUCCAGCAUGAAGGGCAGCAUGAGACGAGUGAGGAUGUUCCACCCGGAGCUCCACAGGAGCGUGCCAGUAUUAUAGUGGAAAUCGACAACUUGGAGUUGAACGAACUGCGGAGAAGGCUUGCGGAAUCAGAGCAACGGAAUGCGUCUGCCCAUCAGGAGCUGACCCAGUUGGCAGAAAUGCUCGCAGAUGAAGAACGACAGAGACGUGCAGCUGAGGAAGCAUUGCUGGCAGCUGAAGAAAGGUUCAAGGGCCUUGAUCCACUUCCAGUCAGACUACCACCCAGAGAGUACACUAUUCAGCUGGAAUCGGAUGAAGAACGUGAGGCUUUGAUUAUAGAUUCCAGUGAGCAGGUGGUGGUGCGGAAGGUAAAGAGAGGGGCGCUUUCCUUCAAGCGCUGGCUACGAGGCCGCAGUAUGUACUGCUCAAAGCUAAUGAGUGCACGGACCAGAUCACGUUACUUGGUCUUCGCAUACUUUGUGACACUACAUGUUCUUGUUUUCAUGUGCCUGGCGGGACGUUUGUAGAUGCACCAUCAUGAUUAGGAGAAGAAGAAUGGGGUUGAUGGUUGUAAGGGGAGGAGGUGAAUUCCAUCCUGAUGUGCCAUGUUGGGAGACCUCUGUGAAACAAUGCAACACUGGCUCUCUACUCAGCCUGAUUUUACUUGCCAUUGGUCAGUGAAUCAGUGUUCCACCUAGUCCUCCCUUGCCAAAGGUAGGGUGCAGUUGGGAGUCAUAUUUGUAUCAUUGUCAAAGCUGCUAAUGAUUUGAGCACUGAUCACAGUUGUAUAAAAUUCAUCUUGUAUUAAUGUGUGCAGUGUUUUGUCCAGAUUGUUUUAUGACUGUCCAGUAAGUUCGUAAACUGGUUUCACAAUUGUUUUUUUCAUCUGCUAUUAAAUUCCAAAGAUACACUGCUUUAAACGGUUAUAUAAAAUCUCUAUGUAAAAUUAUGUAUAUUUUCUGAUGUGUAAAGCAAUAUUAUUUAAGUUUAUGACUUAUGAGGUGGAAAGUUAGACAAAGGUUGAAAGAUUAUUCUGCUUGGAAUGCAUUUGUAAAUUUGAGGUGGUGCUAGAGAUAGCAAUAAAGCACUGAGAGCAUUAGAAUAUAUUUAUAUGUUACUUUCAUCUUGGUUAUGACAAGGUAUUGUAACCUGGAGGGGUAAUUAAGAAAUGCACUUUUUGAAAAUGAUGAUUUCUUGUUGGGAAAAUAAGUUUUUAUUAAAGUUAAAAUGGA